GUGAUAACAAGGUAUUUUUAAAGUGAGACAACGGAUUUGGCUUUAAAAGAUUUCGGGAUAAAAGUCAUACUGAGCUGUUACCAAUGGAGCCUCGGCUGACAGAUAACCUGAGGGUUGUGUUCAUCUUGAUCAUCCUCCUCUCUACAGGUUUCAGUGAAAACGACCUUGACUGGAAUUUUUGUGGCACCUGGCGCCAUGGCAAGGGCCCCCUGAGCUUGAAUGUCAACCUCUCCACAGGCUGUAGUGGGAUCUCAAUCUCAGCUAAUCAGAGCUCUCUGUCCAUCGAUGGGCAGAUCACAGCCCAGUGUCGGCGGUCUGAAGUGAUUCUCGUCAAGGAGCUUGGACUUGAAUCAGAGGAGGAAAAUCAAUUCUGUCUGUAUUGGGAGCCGUUGCUGGACCAGCUGAUGCUGCAGGUUGGAGGAAAGAACCUUUAUCUGUGCUGGCCGACCAGCCUGCAGGGCUCCUGCUGCACUGAUCUCACUGAUGGUGGUUACAGCACACCUGGAGCAGCCUAUGGCCUCAUGAAUGUAAUGGUCAAAGCUGAUUACAUCACUGACAAAAUAAGAACAGCCUAUAUGUUCAGUGGAUAUUCCAUCAACUGCAAGGCAUUAUGUGAUCAAGAGAGCCAGGGAUCAUCCCAAGUCAACAUGACUAAGGAGACUGCGGGGAUGGCCUGGGCUGGAGGGACUAUGCACAGUCUCUGCGCUCACAGCUCUGAGGUGGAAAUGAAAGAGGAUUUCAGAGGCUACAGUAUCACAUCACCUGCCUCUAAAGGUGCAUCUACAGAGUCCACUACCACUGUCUAUAUCCCCCAUGCUCUGAAACAAGCUUCAAAAAAGACCAGCAAAGUCAUCUGCACUUUCUUCAAAAACAAAUUCUUGUGCCCGAAGGGUCACAGGAUUCUUGUGGAUGUGGUGGGAAUCACUGCAGAGAACAAGGUCAUCACUGAUCUGUCUGAGCCAAUUAGGAUUGUCUUUCACCACAAUGUGAUACCUAAGAUAUAUUCCAGGAAAUGUGUUUCUUGGGACACCGGGAAAGCUCCGUCGCAGGUCACUUGGUUGGUGGAUGGAUGCAAGACCCAACAGAAAGGAGCAAAUCAAACCGAGUGCCUCUGUAACCAUCUGGGUUACUUCACUGUAUUUGGGCAAAUGAAGCCUCGCCCAGUGCGCCCCCUCCUGGCCCAGACCAUCAUUACAUCUCUGGGCUGUGCCAUGUCUGUGAUCAGUUGUGUCACAUUCAUCAUUUUUCUCUGCAGAAAGAGGCGAUCUAGGGAGCAGUCCAUAUCUAUCCAUCUGGGCUUGGCUGUGUCUCUCGCCUUCCUCAAUCUGCUCUUCUUCUUUACUGGGGAUGUGGCCAACAUGGGGGAGAGUGCGUGCACCUGGGUGGGGGCAGGUCUCCACUACACCCUACUCAGCUCCUUCACCUGGAUGGGAAUAGAAGUUUUCCACACAUUCCGCUUGAUCUACGUGGGUUUCAGCCCCUCCCAUAAGCCCUACAUAGAGAACCUGGUCGGCUUUGGUCUCCCUGUUGCUCCUAUAAUCAUCCUGGCUAGAGUCGGUGACAUUUAUGGAGUCAAAGAGGUUGGGCCAAACGAAGAUGCCUCCAAUCUGUAUCUGAUGUGCUGGAUGAAACAGACCCACAAGGGCUUGCUGGCCCACUGUUUCACCAAUCUGACAAUCCUGGCCAUCCUGGUGUUCUCGGGAAUCGUGAUGCUCUUCCUGGUCAACAGGGAGAUCCGCACCAGGGAUGAAUGGAGGCAGAACCGUUCGGCUUUUCUCAGCUUGUGGGGCCUCAUAUGCCUUUUUGGGACAACUUGGGGUCUGACAUUCCUGGACUUUGGCCCUGUUUUCUUCCAUUCCUGCAUCUUCAACUCUUUUCAAGGUUUCACCCUGAUGCUGCGGCUCUAUAUGCUGGACUGGAUGCAGGAAGAGACUGAUGGCUCUGCUCUCGACAGCACCAGUACUGGGUCUACCAGGCAACACAUGCUACAUGCCCAGGAGAUGAGUUAGUAGACUUAAAAAAAGGUGUGACACAUAACACAGAGGAAAAAUCAAAGCUGCAGCAGUCAAGCUUUUUCUUUUUCUUUUUUUUUGCAUUUCUGUUUUUUUUUAAUGGAGAGAGACAGGAAAGGCAAGGGAGAUACAGGAGAUGAUGUGCAACAAAGGGCCUGGGUCGGAGUGGAACCUGUGUCGCUAGGUUAAGUACUCAGCCUUAAUGGUACGCACUCUACCCGGUGACCUAUCAGGGCACCCGCAGCCAAGCUUUUUAUGUAAAAAUACAGUCUUCUUAAGUAAAUUACAAAAUAAAGAAGAACAUUUCACCACUGA